AUGGCUUUGGCGAAUUUCACAGUGGCGGGCGUCAACGCCGCUGUACCUGUAGUAGCCGCUACCUCAGCCACACCAUUACGUGUCGAACUGGAUGAUCUUCUUUAUUCGCCUGAGGAACAACAACAAGAAUAUGCAUCUCAAUAUACCGGAAACGAACCAUUUUUACCACCUUCAAAUUUACAACAACCCAGAAAGUCUAAAGUGAGAAAGCGUGCCGGUACGGCAUAUCUUCCCCCGCCCAAUCAAUUCGCACAUUAUCCUCGACAGAAUGUUGUUCCUCAAAAUCCUUUUAAUAACCAGCUACACGCGCAGGUCUACCAACAAAACUCGAGGCUCGAUUUACAAAUAGAAAAUCAACGUGUUCAAGAAAUAAAUUCACAGUACGAUAAUGCGGGGCAAUAUAUACAUGAUCCAACAGGCGAUUAUGAUUAUGAUCAGAGGAAAAACAAUAAGAACGAGGCACAACGCCCACCUUACAAUCCAGGAUAUGCGGAUAACCCAUACGGACCUGCGACGACACCUGGUCCACAAUCUAGUCGAGAAUUUGACAGUGUGCCUAACCAAAACUUUAAUAUACAUAAUGGCCCUGUAACCCCUUCAUCACAAGCAAAUUUUCCGAAGCAAAAUGAGGCUGGAACUAAAAUUAGUGGUAAUAAUGGUAAUUUUGGACAAACACCUCCAGAUCGCCCUCGAGGAUUUACCAAAGUGGAAACUGGGGGCACAGGUGGAAAAACGCAAUUGCAUGCUAUCCUAGACUACGAUGACGACGAUUAUUAUGAAGAUGUUCCUGGUUCAGAUAACGGCCAACAAGCCGUCACGCCUCUUCAGGGCCCGAUAUUAUUAAGAAAUGGUUCAGUGCCCGUCGUGCCCCUUACCUCUUAUCCUACAGUCAACAAUGGAUCAUUUUACCAAAUUCCUAUCUUGUGGACUGCCCUGUCUCUAGCCUUGGGUUACGAAAUCCAAGGUCAAAUAAUCAGAGGAGUGCCUUGCGUGAAACGAAACUUUCAACUCUAUUGUCCGACCGCCGGCAACACUUAUCCUUUAGACAAAAUAGAAACAUUUAUAGAUGAAAACAAAGCGUUAAUAAAACGUAUGUACGGUUCGUUCACGAUACCUGGCGGGGGUCGCGUGAGACGGGCGCCGGGCGUGCCGGACAUGCAUAGCGGGGACUCGUACUUCAGACAUGUUCGUCAGACGAAGCCACCCUUGCCUGACACACAAUCUGUCAAUAACACUGGCAGGAUAGACGCGUGCGAGAGUAAAACGGAGAUAAUGACGCCAUAUUGGGCGCUUAACUCUGCGAGGAAAUUGCGAGCUAUAGUCAAUACUAUGCACUUCGAACAGGCUAUACAUCAAGAAGUGUGCAGUAAACAAUCUACGUCAAGAUGCUCAGGGGACUGCGGGUGUGAACAGAAGUACAAGUGGCAUCGACUCUUGGCCUUUGACCCGAAUGACGACUGUGCAGGCAUUUUCAUGGACUGGUUUUUGUUCCCGUCGUGCUGUGUUUGUCGAUGUAAACCA